UUUAGCAGAAAUCCAUCAUCUGAGAGCAGUGGGUAUGACCUCGACAGAGAUGGAGGAUGAUUUGUCCCUGCAUCGGCUGGACGGCAGUGACCCAGGGGUCCAGGUCGGGGGGCUGAUGGUGAAGAAGAGGAGUGCUUCAUCAGAGCCGCAUGUGUUCAGAGCUCCUGCUCCUCGCCUCGAUCUGCUGGCCGCACAGAAACGCAAGGAGCGCGAGGGCAAGGAGAGGCUGGAGGAUCAACCCAAGAGAUCCAAGGUGUCGUCCUACACGGACUGGGAGGAGGGGAAGAGUGAUUCAGGGUCUGAUGAAGAAGAUCAAGAAGAGGGCGAUAGCAGGAAUGGGAAAAAGGAAAGGAAGUACCGUGUCACAGGCUCAGAAACCCCCUCAAACCCAGGAGGGGUUAGUGAGGAGUUCAAGCUGAAGCAUCAGCAGAGGGAGAAGGACAGACGUGAGCAUGGGGUGUGUGCGUCCUCCAAAGAAGACAAGAGCAGAGACAAAGAGCGAUCCAGAGACAGAGACUACGAUCGCUCUCGUGACAGAGACAGAAGGAGAGACAGAGAUGACCGUGAAAGUCAUGGAUCCAGCAGCAGUCGCUCCGAGCGUGGUGAUGGCAGUGCGAGGGGUGAGCGCUCCCAGAGGGACGGCACGUCCGAGCGAAUGAGUCGAGGUACUCGGCGCGAUGAGCCCGAAUCACCCCGCGACAGAUCCAAAGAUGUGGCCACUCCAUCACGCUCCAACUGGGAUGAAGAUGACAGUGGAUAUUCCAGCUCACAGCACUCUCACUGGGAGAGUCCGUCCCCUGCCCCGUCCCACCGGGAGUGCGACCGCUCCGAGCGCAGCCAACGCUCUGUCCGUGACAGUGAGAGGAGAGACAGGUCAAGUAAACCUCAGUAUCCAGCAGAAUCUCCUCUACCAACCCCAUCAUAUAAGUACAACGAGUGGGCCAAUGACAGGAAGCACCUUGGCUCCACCCCACGCCUGUCCCGCGGAAAAGGCGAUAAGAAGGAAGAGAGAGAGGACGGGAUCCUGUUUACUAAUGAAGAAGAGAAAGAACAGUGGGAGGAAGAUCAGCGGCAAGCUGAUCGAGACUGGUACAUGAUGGACGAAGGUUACAAUGAGUUCCACAACCCCUUGACAUCCAGUUCAGAGGAAUAUGUGAAGAAGAGGGAGCAGAUCGUACAGAAGCAGACCCAGAAACGCAUCUCGGCGCAGAAACGGCAAAUCAACGAGGAUAACGAGCGCUGGGAGACCAACCGCAUGCUCACCAGUGGAGUGGUCCAGCGUUUGGAGGUGGAUGAGGACUUUGAGGAAGACAAUGCAGCCAGAGUGCAUCUGCUUGUCCAUAACCUCGUGCCACCCUUCCUGGACGGGAGGAUCGUCUUCACGAAGCAGCCUGAGCCGGUCAUUCCAGUGAAAGAUGCGACCUCUGACAUGGCCAUCAUCUCCCGCAAGGGCAGUCAGCUGGUCCGACGUCACCGAGAGCAGAAAGAAAGGAAGAAGGCGCAACACAAACACUGGGAGCUCGCUGGCACCAAACUGGGAGACAUCAUGGGAAUCAAGAAAACAGAGGAUGGAUCAGAUGGAAAAGCUGUUGGAGAAGAUGGAAAUGUGGAUUACAGAGCGGAGCAGAAGUUUGCUGACCACAUGAAGGAGAAGAAUCAAGCGAGCAGUGAGUUUGCUAAGAAGAAGACCCUGUUAGAGCAGAGGCAGUAUCUGCCCAUCUUUGCUGUUCGCCAGCAGCUACUCAACAUCAUCAGGGAUAACAAUAUUGUGAUUGUGGUGGGGGAAACGGGCAGUGGAAAGACCACUCAGCUCACACAGUAUCUUCAUGAGGAUGGUUACACCAGCUAUGGCAUGGUGGGCUGCACACAGCCCCGCAGAGUGGCCGCUAUGAGCGUGGCCAAGAGAGUCAGCGAAGAAAUGAACAGCAACCUGGGAGAAGAGGUUGGUUAUGCCAUCCGUUUUGAAGACUGUACGUCAGAGAAGACUGUAAUAAAAUACAUGACGGAUGGGAUUCUUCUGAGGGAAUCUCUGCGGGAGUCAGAUUUGGACCACUAUAGCGCUGUAAUCAUGGACGAGGCCCAUGAGCGCUCCCUCAACACUGACGUGCUCUUCGGGCUGCUCCGAGAGGUGGUGUCUAGACGCUCGGACUUGAAGCUCAUUGUCACAUCCGCCACCAUGGACUCGGACAAAUUUGCAGCAUUCUUCGGCAAUGUACCUAUUUUCCACAUUCCCGGCAGGACGUUCCCAGUGGAUAUCUUGUUCAGCAAGGUUCCUCAGGAGGACUAUGUGGAGGCGGCUGUGAAACAGGCUUUACAGAUUCAUCUCAGCGGGAUGGUGGGUGACAUCCUCAUCUUCAUGCCCGGUCAGGAGGACAUCGAGGUGACGUCAGAUCAGAUUGUGGAGCGACUGGAGGAUCUGGAUAACGCUCCGGCUCUGGCAGUGCUGCCCAUCUACUCCCAGCUGCCCUCGGACCUGCAGGCCAAGAUCUUCCAGAAGGCUCCUGAUGGUGUGAGGAAGUGUAUCGUCGCUACAAACAUCGCUGAGACGUCUCUGACUGUGGACGGCAUCAUGUUUGUGGUGGAUGCUGGUUACUGCAAGCUGAAGGUGUUCAAUCCCCGUAUUGGCAUGGAUGCGCUGCAGGUUUACCCCAUCAGUCAAGCCAAUGCAAACCAGCGGGCCGGCAGAGCAGGAAGAACGGGCCCGGGACAGUGUUACAGGUUAUACACUCAGAGUGCCUACAAGAAUGAAAUGCUCACCACCACUAUCCCAGAGAUCCAGCGCACUAACCUGGCCAAUGUUGUGCUUCUGCUCAAGUCUCUGGGAGUUCAAGAUCUCCUGCUCUUCCACUUCAUGGACCCGCCGCCUGAAGACAACAUGCUGAACUCCAUGUACCAGCUGUGGAUCCUGGGAGCGCUCGACAACACAGGCUCUCUGACGCCCACCGGGCGGCUCAUGGUGGAGUUUCCUCUGGAUCCGGCUCUGUCUAAAAUGCUGAUCGUGUCAUGUGACAUGGGCUGCAGUGCCGACAUCCUCAUCAUCGUCUCCAUGUUGUCUGUGCCGUCCAUCUUCUACAGACCAAAGGGUCGAGAGGAGGAGAGUGACCAGGUGAGAGAGAAGUUCUCGGUGCCUGAGAGUGAUCACCUGACCUACCUCAACGUUUACCUGCAGUGGAAGAACAACAAUUACUCCAGCAUCUGGUGCAACGAUCACUUCAUCCACACCAAAGCCAUGCGAAAGGUGCGUGAGGUGCGAUCUCAGCUCAAAGACAUCAUGGUGCAGCAGAAAAUGAACCUGGUCUCCUGCGGCUCAGACUGGGAUGUGAUCAGGAAGUGCAUCUGUGCUGCGUACUUCCAUCAGGCUGCUAAAUUAAAGGGAAUAGGGGAGUAUGUGAACGUGAGAACUGGGAUGCCCUGCCAUCUGCACCCCACCAGCGCUUUGUUCGGGAUGGGCUACACCCCCGACUACAUCAUCUACCACGAGCUGGUCAUGACCACAAAGGAGUACAUGCAGUGUGUGACGGCUGUGGACGGCGAGUGGCUGGCUGAGCUGGGACCCAUGUUCUACAGCAUCAAACACGCAGGAAAGAGCAGACAGGAGAACCGAAGGAGAGCCAAGGAGGAGAUCACCAACAUGGAGGAGGAGAUGUCUCUUGCACAAGAACAGAUCCUUGCACGGAAAGAGGAGCAGGAGAGGAAAAACAAUCUGGGCAGCGUCAGGUCGAUAAAGAUCCUCACCCCAGGAAGGAGAGAGGAAACGCCCAUGACACCGAAACGAACACCAGCCCGAUUUGGCUUAUAGUGCUUGUAUCUGCAGUUUCAGGCAGAUAGCAAAGCAAAUGUGAUGUUAUUUGGCACAGUUGCUUCAGUCAGUGCAGAUUUAAUAAAUGUGAUCAUCACAUUGCUUGGCACAUGCAGCUUUCAGGUUUGUCCAGCAGUAGGAGCAAUUGUAUAAGGAGAACAUUUCAAGUCAUCAUCUCUUCCCCUCAAACAAAGUGUUAUUUGUGAUCGUUUUAGAAAAUAAAAA